GGUGCUGGGCCACGUGACCCCCGUCAUCUUUUCGCAAACCCGUUUUCGCCAUCUACGUGUUGGGUGACAGCGUUGGCGAUUUAUUGGGCAUGUAAUCCGCGCACGCAACCAGGGCCACUAUUUCUGGGCUCUGACCCAAAGCUUCGCUUCGGCAAGACAUUAGGAAAUCUCCUGAAAAAAGAUGGAGUGGCUAAAACCUACGGCACGCACUCGGUGAGGAAAGUGCAAGACAGAUACUUUCGAUAUGAAGCUGCGGGCGAUCAAUUUUUAGGGCGUGUUGUUGCUGGGCUUCCUGUGAAUGACUCCAAGUUCGCCAUCCUACCACCGCACUUCCGCAAUAACUCGGACGACGAGAUAAAGUCGUGUCUUGCAGCGAUGUUUCCA